ACCUGAGAAGACCAUUAUGAAGACCGUCCUAAUUUUGAUUGUGCUGAUCGCUACGGGAGUGGUUUACGCGGACAACGAACAUGCACGAAGAUGGAGACAAAAUUAUGAGGAAUGUGCGCAAAUGUUUGGUGUGGAUGUUGACGUCCGAAUCGAUCUGAUAUUAUGCGCAGCGAUCAAGAGUGGUGAAUUUCUGUAUACAAAUGGCGCAUACAGUCCGGAAUCAAGUUUACGGAAUUUACGAAUACUCAUUUCCGAUCCAGUCAGAUUGCAACAAGCAUCUGAAAUAUUUUACAAAUGCGAUGAUGAAGCAAUUCGAUCCGGAGCAGUAGGUUUAUGGAAAACAAUAAAAUUUCUAUUCUGCGGUCAAUCAAUUAUAACAUUUUUUGAUACAGAAUGAAUACAAAGUAAAAGUGCAUGAAGGACGAUUUUGUAAAGCAUUAUAAUUUUUAUUAAUAAGUAUGUCUUUUCCAUUUCCUGUAUUGUAUUGUAAUCACCGUG